AUGCAACUCGAAUCCGACUGUGCACUAGUCAUGAAAACCCUCCUGUGCUCCACAUCUGGAAUGAUCUACUGCCAAACCGGUCUUAUCCUCGAACGAACCUUUGCCACAUUUCUCCCUGACUACAAAGGGAAGAAAAGUUUGCUCCUCGGCUGGUCCAUAGCCAUUAUCGUCGUGAUCUUCGGGAUCCUAACCGCCCAGAUUAUUUAUUGGGAUGACCCGUUGCAAGGAGCACUUCUCGCAUGUUUUAUGUUUCCUAAACAGAGUGCUACACGGUCUAUUAUGUAUUUUUAUGUGAUUACUGGGAUUUCUGUAUUCAAUUUGGCGAUGUCGGUGUGGUUGAAUAAGUAUAACAAAAAGUUGGAGUAUCAAAUCCGCUUCAAACUCUGCGCUCGCUACAACAAACAAGAAGUGAUUGAGUCGACUGGAACUAUCUGCUUCUUAACGUUCACCCAAUUUAUAUUUAUGAUUAUUUAUUCGUCAGGAAUCUCUAUUCUGAAAUCCAUCAGAAGUCAGAUUCCAAUAGAGCAAUAUCACAUUUGGGUCGUCGUCUUGUAUACUGUCCCGUUCAUCGCCAUGUCAUUCCCAACACUUUUGAUCUACCGCGUCAGAACUACCAAUGCUUUUCGAACACAACGACUUAUUGGAAUUUCGAGUACACGAGCGACACAAGAGGAUCAUAUUAAUCAGAUAACGACCAUGUGGAAAUAA